AUGAUUAUAGGAAAAUUAAAUAAAUCUAAAUUUUCUUCACUUGUUAAAAGUAUUUACCUUAGAUCGAUUUCAACAUCUUCUAGACUAGAGGCAAAUUUUUACAAAACUCCUGAUGAAGCUAUUAUUGACAUAAAAGAUGGUUCAAAAUUGCUAGUUGGUGGUUUUGGACUUUGUGGUAUUCCAGAAAAUUUAAUUGAUGCAUUAGUUAGAAAAGGAGUGAAAGAUUUAACUUGUGUUUCAAAUAAUGCCGGAACUGAUAAUCAUGGUUUAGGAAAAUUAUUACAAUCAAAACAAAUAAAAAAAAUGAUUUCUUCUUAUGUAGGAGAAAAUAAAUUAUUUGCAAAACAAUAUUUAGAAGGUGAUAUUGAAUUAGAAUUUACACCCCAAGGAACAUUAGCAGAAAGAAUUCGUGCUGGUGGAGCUGGUGUGCCUGCAUUUUAUACUCCAACAGGAUAUGGUACAUUGGUUCAGAAAGGAGGUGUACCAAUGAAAUAUAGUAAUAGUGAAAAAAAUAAGGUUGUUGUUUCAAGUAAACCAAAGGAAGUAAGAAUGUUUAAUGGUAUUAACUAUGUUCUUGAAGAAGCAAUUCAAGGUGAUUUUUCUUUAAUAAAAGCAUGGAAAGCUGACAAACUUGGUAAUGUAGUUUUUAAACAUACUGCACAAAAUUUUAAUACCCCUAUGUGUAAAGCAUCAAAAUGUACAAUAAUUGAAGUUGAAGAAAUUGUUGAAGUUGGAGAAUUGAAUCCAACAAAUAUUCAUGUUCCAUCUAUAUAUAAUCAUAGAAUUAUUUGUGGAAAGAAUUAUUUAAAACCCAUUGAAAAACUUAUGUUUAAAGAAGAAUCUGAUCAUAAAACAGGUGACAAAAAAAAUUCAAAUGUUGUAAAAUCACGUGAUUUUAUUGCUUCAAGAGCAGCAUUGGAAUUUACUGAUGGAAUGUACGCGAAUCUCGGAAUUGGAAUUCCAACUCUUUGUCCAAAUUAUAUUCCAAAAGGAAUGACCGUUCAUUUACAUUCUGAGAAUGGAAUUUUAGGUGCUGGCCCUUAUCCAGAACAUGGUAAAGAGGAUGCAGAUUUGAUUAAUGCUGGUAAAGAAACAAUAUCUUUACAACCAGGUGCUUCUAUAUUUUCAUCAGAUGAAGCUUUUGCUAUGGUUAGAGGUUCUCAUGUUGAAAUAACAAUUCUGGGUGCAUUACAAGUUUCUUCUCAUGGUGAUUUAGCUAAUUGGAUGGUACCAGGAAAAAUGGUUAAAGGCAUGGGAGGUGCAAUGGAUCUAGUGUCAGCUCCAGGAGCUCGAGUAAUUGUUACUAUGGAACAUAUAGAUAAAGAUAAAAAACCUAAAAUUUUAGAAGGAUGUAAUUUACCUCUUACUGGUAGAAAGUGCGUAUCAAGAAUAAUUACUGAUAUGGCAGUAUUUGACGUAUGUCAUAAAAAUGGAUUAACUUUAAUUGAAAUAAGAAAUGGUUUGACGAUUAAUGAUAUAAGAAAAAACACAGGAUGUACUUUUAGAAUCCACAAGAAUUUAAAACUUAUGGGACAAAGUAUGCUAAAUCAAUAA